AUGAAAUACAAAAAUUAUAACACGGCCACAAUACUAGAAAACUUUGAUAAGAAAUUAAAUAAGAAUUAUAAAGUUUUUAAUAAUGAGGAAAUUAAAAAAAUGGAUGAGGAGUAUGAGCAUAAGAUUAAGAAGAAGGAGCAAUUAAAAUUACAAAAGAAACAAAUAAAAAAACAGGAACAUAAAAAUGAAAAGAAAAAAAAAAAUAAAAAUCUAAAUAAAAAACACAAUCAAAAUAAUACUAAUAAUAGUGAUAAUAGUUUCCAUAAUAGUGAUAACAAUAUUAAUCAAAAUGGUAAUUAUACAAAUAAUAGUGAUUAUAAUAUCAUUAAUAAUAAUCAUGAUAAUAUUAAUUUUAUUCAUGGUAAUAAAAAUAAAAACCAUGAUAAUAGUUUUCACAAUAAUGAUGACGUAAAAAAUGGUGAAGUUAAGAAUCUUGUUACUAAUGAGGAAAGGGAAAAACAAAAUGUUACUUUUGAAGACCUAAAUAUAUGUGAAGAAAUAUUAGAAAGUAUAAAAGAAUUAGGAUGGAAAAAACCAACAGAAAUACAAAGAGAAAUAUUACCUCAUGCAUUUCUAAAAAAAGAUAUUAUAGGAUUAAGUGAAACGGGAAGUGGGAAAACUGCUUGUUUUAUUAUACCCAUAUUACAAGAUUUAAAAGUGAAUAAACAAAGUUUCUAUGCUUUAGUUAUAUCACCGACAAGAGAAUUAUGUAUACAGAUUUCACAAAACUUUCAAGCAUUAGGUAUGAAUUUAUUAAUAAAUAUUUGUACAAUAUAUGGUGGUGUAGAUAUUGUAACACAAUCCUUAAAUCUAGCCAAAAAACCGAAUGUAAUUGUGAGCACACCUGGUAGAAUACUAGAUCAUUUAAAUAAUACAAAAGGAUUCAACCUAAAAAAUUUAAAAUAUUUAGUUUUUGAUGAAGCUGAUAAAUUAUUAUCUCAAGAUUUUGAAUCAUCCAUAAAUAAAUUAUUAUUAAUAUUACCACCGAAUCGUAUUACAUUUUUAUUUUCAGCAACCAUGACAAAAAAUGUUGCCAAAUUAAAAAAAGCUUGUCUUAAAAAUCCGGUUAAAGUAGAGGUCUCAAAUAAAUAUAGUACUGUCUCCACAUUAAUAGAAACAUAUAUUUUUCUUCCUCUUAAAUAUAAAUAUACUUAUCUUUCUAGUUUAUGUUUUCAUUACCAAACAAGAAAUAUUAUUAUAUUUACAAAUACUUGUGCAACCGCUCAAAAAUUAAACUUUUUUUGUAGAAAUCUAGGACUAAAAUCCAUAUGCCUACAUGGUAAAUUAACACAAAAUCAAAGAUUAAGUAGCCUUAAUUCCUUCAAAGUUAAUAAAUAUAAUAUAUUAAUCUCAACACAAGUGGGAGCCAGAGGACUGGAUCUACAAGAUAUUAAAAUUGUUAUAAAUUUUGAUAUUUGCUCAUGUAAAGAAUAUAUACAUAGAGUCGGAAGAACAGCAAGGGCAGGGAGAUCUGGGAAAUCCAUAACCUUUGUUACACAAUAUGAUGUGGAAAAUUUCUUAGCAAUAGAAAAACAGUUGAAUAAAAAAAUUGAUAAAUUUACAGACCUUGAUGAAAACGAUGUUCUUUUAUACCAUGAGCAAACUAUUGAGGCACUCAGGUUAUCAGAAAUAGAGAUGAAGGAAAACCAGGAAUUAUACAAAAAAAAUAAAUUUAAAAAAAAAAAAUGA